GAACCCGAAAAAGUCUCCAUUCAGAACAUGGUUGUUUUCCCUGUCCCGUGCCAUUUUAUUUUCCUAAAUGACUAAUGAGGAAGCGGGUGUUCUUUUUCUGCACUUUGAUUCGCCAUCUGGGUUCUGUAGGGUGCUCUGAAAGUGCGACCUGCUCAUGUGGAGGAAGAGCAAGCGCCUUCCCAGGCCACAGCUGCUCACCUCUCGGCAGAUAUUUUAGGCGAGCAUCCGUGUGUCUUCCCACCCUCAGGAGAAGGGUGAAUGCGCCCUAAGAAUUCACUCCUGGACCUUUUUAGAAUUCACUCGGGACUGUGUGACAGAAGGGAGUUGGGAGGAGGAUGGGAAUAUUUUUAACACUUUGUUUUCCUGUGCAGAAACACAAUACCAGUUUUUGCAGAAAUGUGUUUCAAUCUGUGACUACCAAAGCCCUCCUUAGUCCUUCCCUCAGAGGGACACAUUUGCUGUUUCUCCCGCAAGCAGAUGUUGUGGAUGAGGCGACAGACUCCUUGGCAAGAACGAAAGGUGUGAUGAAACCUCCCUGCUCGGAAGGGUCUCCGUGGAGGUGUCCUCAUUUCACAUGCUGGGUUUUGCAAGCAAGGAAGCCAGGGAGUGAAGGAGCUAGAGAGAGGCAGGCAUGCGUGUGGACAGUCGCUGGGGCCGCAGCUGUCAGACUGGCACAGGAACGCCAGUGUUGCGUGUUCAGAUUCCACGCGUAUGUCUGGGCUCACUCACAGCAUGGCCAAGUGUCUGUAGUGCUGGUCCUGACCCUUCCAGAGCAGCAGUGGACAGAUGAGAUAAGACUGUUUCAGAAGCAAAGAUGGCCACAGCCUUCCUAACAAGGAGGUCAUCUGGCCAUGUCUGUAUUGUAACUGGUAAAAGGCUUCAAGUCAGACUGAUGAUCAAGAAAAGUCAAAACCCCAGCCCAAGAUUGAGAAAGCAGGUGGUGGUUCCAAGCUUUUAAGAAAUUAUUGAAGCUCUCCAUCCUGUUCUGUGAGUGCGUCUUCUCUUUCUCCUUCACGUCAUAGCUAUAACCCACCGUUCAUCUCUGCUCUUGCGUAAAGAUGACCGAUGGCGUCCAAAGCCAAGUGGCUUCACCAGCUGACAAGCCACCCUCCUGCAGCCUGAGUUUCACACUCCACUGCGUGCGUUGUCAUGUGGGGUUUGAAUGGUUAAGCCCUCGCAGUAUUUCAGGGAUCGGGCAGAAAAUAUCGGAUGCACAUAGCAGAGCCAUUGGUGGUAUUUACAGCUUCGCUUUGUACUCCUCACUGUUUCUGCCUGUGCAAAAUAUCCAUGUUUCCUUUGAGAAAUCUGUUGUGGACUGAAAGUGCUGCUGGCUGUGAAAUUUAAUAAAAUGUGUAUGUUUUGCUAGAAAGUUAUUUCUUGGACAAUAGGAAUAGUCAUUGAUCUCUAAAUCCUGGCUCCUAACAGUGGCUGAGGACUUAGCAGCCUAUUUCUUGGCCCCUCAGUACUUUAAAGUGUAAGUAGCACUGCAUUUGAUGAUGUUGAAUAUGACUCUGGUGAAUCGUAGGAGGCACUUGUGAGGAGAUGCUUGCUUCAGUGUAAAAGAUGCUCAUGGCCUGAGUCAGUUGAGUUUUCUUUAAAGAAACCACUUUAGAGUGAAAUACCCAGGGUUUCCCCGCCCCUGACAUGUCCAGCCCGCCAAGGCAGCACACGGCCCCGUAAGUCCACUUCGUGUGGGUGAGAUUUCCUCCUGCAUGAUGACCUCAUCACCGUCUCUGCUGUCUCUUGUCCCACAGUCUCCCUCCCUCUUCCCUCCUCCUCUGCCCUCGCCCUUCCCCCUCCCCCUUGCCAUCCUCCUCCCCCUCCUCCUCCCUCCUCCACUUCCUCCUUCUCUUCCAUCCCUCCUCCUCCCUCUUCUUCCCUUCUCUGCCCUCUUUCUCCCCGUGCCUAUUGAUCCCACAUAGGCUCAUUCUGGGCACGGGCUAAAGGCUUUGGUGCAUUGCAGCAUUUUCUCCCAGCAGCUGUGUGAAAGAUGCAUUUUCUAAGCGAAGGAGAAUUUUCUCAAGAGCGUGCAUACUCGUGCCAUAUAUUACUGCUUUGGGUCAUAUAGGAUGGUCUUCCUCCACACUAAAAUGGGUGUCUUGUUUUGGUACUUACAACAGUCUACUCCAGGCGCCCAGUCCUUACAGACCAAGGAAGAGCAUAGCGAUGCCUGUUGGAACUGCAGAUGCAUUCUGGCCUCCUCCCCCGUCCUGAAGCAUUUUCUUCGAGGAAGGCUCUUAGAACAUUAGGUAGUCUGCUGAGGUUGUUGGCCCAGCUCCAUACACCCAGUAGAACAGCGGAACAACUCAUGCUUCAUGCUGCCAAGCUGCUGUACUUCAAAGGAAACAGGUCCUAGCCCUUUCCUGCACCCCUGCUUCCACACUCCACGCUUCACCCCUCUGCUUUUCUCUGACCCGCCCGUGGCCUUGUAAGACUCACCGUAAGCUAAGUCCAGGGUGCCUGUGGCCUGCGGCUUGAUUCUUCCCUUCAGGAUUCAGCAAGUUAAUGACUUCCCCGCUACAGAAGUUAGACUUUGACUUGAUACCUCUUGGUAUAUCAAAAAGGUAUUCAUCCAGAACGUACCAAAUGUUCUGAGAGACCCGCUCUUCACUCCAGUUUUCCCUAGGGUGUUUCUGGCAGGGCGUCUUUAAAAGGCAUCUACCUGAGCGGACGCUAAUACUUGUCACCACCUGGAAGGUAGUUAUUGGUCGGCAGGCUGAACAUACUCCAGAUUCCCCAGAGGCCACUUCUGUAGCCCAGCGAUGCAUCUGAGCCUCUCUGCGUGGUUUAUGCUUGAAAAAUAGAUAAUGCUUUUAGAUGACUCACUGCCAGGCCAUGGGCCCCGCACAUCUCAGGCCCUGUGUGAGGGAGCACACUGAGAUGGUGCAGGAGUGAGUGGGCGUGGCUUGGCCUCGCUGCCUCAGGGACCUGUUGGAGUUCCGGCAGCAGGGCGUCUGCAGGUGGGACGGCGUUCUGGGCAGAGUCAGCACGGUCAGAAUGAAACAGAACAGCGAACUCAUCCAGAGGGCAGCUUAUUUUGAGGCAGGGUUUUGGAUUUUGGAGGGGGCAGCCAGAUGAGGCAGUAAGCCUCCAGAAGGUCAGCCUUUGGAGCACAUAAGAUUAACUGUUAACAGGGUCCAGAAGUUGUGUCCACACGGGGGCUUUGACUCUUCAAACAGCUUUUGCAGAUCGUAAAUUGCAUUUGCCUAGUCAUGUGACCUCAAAAGAAGUCAGACAUAUUUAAUCCAGAAAUAGUUUCGUUUGAGGGAGGGCUUGCAGGUCUGUAAAUAGCAUUUGCUUUCCUGGUUAGAGAUUGGGAUGCAGAAGGAGUUUUCAGUAUUUUUUUUUUUUUAAACACUAAUCAUUGAAGAGUAUUUAUGUAAACAUAUAAUGUAUAAUGGGUGGGGGAUCCAAUCAGGGUGAUGUACGGGGUGAAUUCUCUUGCCGUGUUGCAAAAUGUGUAAAAUAAAGAUUAUCUGGCAGAA